AUGCCAGGCAGUCGAGAGUUCAACCUACGCCUCGUCGAGAUGGUGGUAGUCUCGGUCCAUCAGAUUGGCGUUUUGCUUUUCCAAGAGGGCGACAAGAUGCAUCAAGGCGACAUCGACAGCGUCAUGUCUUGGGUCAGGGAGCCAGAAAAAGACGAUGGGUACCUAGGGAUACACUUUGUGCCAAAACAUUUCCCGGCACACCCCACACUGUUCGUCCACUAUGAAUAUCUGGAUUUUGAUCAGUACCCUGCUGGCUUGGCCGACGUCGCUGGAUACUGGGCUGAGGAUCUUGUAAUUGAGGGUGUGGUGCUUUUUGAUCGCGCAGGCAAUACAACCCUUGAAAACCAACAUGUAUACGUCCACAGCGGUCGGGACUGGAAGGAGCUGGAGCAAACCGUGCGCGUAUGGCGACUCUCCGAAACGCAGCUCGACGACUUCAUCAAAUACCUGAGCACAGAUAGCCCGCAAGAAACCUAG